UCACGCGAGGCAGGACGGAGCUCCGACACUCAUAAUUUUCACGUAAUGCCAUCGUCCCUGUCAACACGGUGAAUCCCUCGCUGGUCCGUUCAUCGCUUGAGACAGGACGGACGGGCGAGUCGCGAAGUUAAGAAUGCCAGCUCCUGUUCUUCACCGGACCUUGCCAGCUGGACACGUCCCGGUCGUAUGCCUUGGAGAUGGAGACGCCUUUGAUCUGUGAAGCCACAUCUAGCCGAUAAUGGCCCAUAAGAUAAGCAGUAUAAACACGGCAGCUCGUCUCUCCCCUGUGGCCCAGCUGGGCGUCCUGCUCUCCCUCAGCCAGACCAGGCCCGUCCCCGCCAUCUGACCUCCACCAAACGGGUCCAGUGGGAAGUGAGCAGCCAUGAGACUGUUGUGGAAGUCCCUGGACAAGAUGCGCUGCUUCAGGAAGCGCUCCACCAUUCCCUUCCUGGUGGUCCUCAUCACCUUCCUGCUCUUCAUCAACCUCUACAUGGAGGACGGCUACGUGCUGGAGGAAGAUAAAAGACAGCUCAGAGAGACAUCGAUGCAUCCUCUGAAUUCUGAGCGAUACGUCCACACCUUCAAAGACCUCACCAACUUUUCAGGAACCAUCAACGUCACAUAUCGAUAUCUAGCUGGCACCCCCCUGCCAAGGAAAAAGUACCUCACCAUUGGGCUAUCGUCUGUGAAGAGAAAACGGGGCAAUUACCUCAUGGAGACCAUUAAGUCCAUCUUUGACCAGUCCAGCUACGAGGAACUCAAAGAGAUAGUGGUGGUGGUGCACCUGGCGGACUUUGACCUGACCUGGUGUGAGAGCCUGGUGCAGGAGAUCUCCAGGAAGUUCGCCCACCACAUCAUCGCCGGUCGGCUCCUGGUCAUCCACGCUCCCGAGGAGUACUACCCCUCGCUGGACGGGCUGAAGAGGAACUACAACGACCCCGACGACCGGGUCCGCUUCCGCUCCAAGCAGAACGUCGACUACGCCUUCCUGCUCAACUUCUGCACCAACCUCUCCCAUUUCUACAUGAUGCUGGAGGACGACGUCCGCUGCUCGCGCAACUUCCUGACCGCCCUGAAGAAGGUCAUCACGUCCAGGGAAGGCUCCUACUGGGUCACCCUGGAGUUCUCCAAGCUGGGCUACAUCGGGAAGCUGUACCACUCGCGGGACCUGCCCCGGCUGGCCCACUUCCUGCUCAUGUUCUACCAGGAGAUGCCGUGCGACUGGCUCCUGAUCCACUUCCGGGGCCUGCUGGCGCAAAAGGACGUGAUCCGCUUCAAGCCCUCCUUGUUCCAGCACAUGGGCUACUACUCGUCCUACAAGGGCGCCGAGAACAAGCUGAAGGACGACGACUUCGAGGAGGACUCGCUCGAUCUCCCGGACAACCCGCCGGCCACGCUGUACACCAACAUCAACGUGUUCGAGAGCUACGACGCCUCCAAGGCCUACAGCAGCGUGGACGAGUACUUCUGGGGCAAAGCGCCGUCGACGGGGGACUUCUACGUCAUCGUGUUCCACAAGUCCAUCAAAAUUAGCAAGAUGAAGAUCGUCACGGGGACUGACGACCGUCAGAACGACAUCCUGCACCACGGGGCGCUGGAGGUGGGCGAGAAACUGGUGGGCACCAAGAAGGGCAGGCAGUGCAGCUCCUACGUGACCUUGGGAGAGUUCAAAAACGGGAACAUCGAGGUCCAGGACGUGGACCGCAAGAUCUCGUUUGACAUCGAGUGCGUUCGUAUCGUGGUGACGGCCAGCCAGAAAGAGUGGCUGAUCAUCAGGAGCAUAAGCCUUUGGACUACACAGCCACCUAAUCUGUGAGGACACCGACAAAACUGAAACUCGCUGGCACAACUCAUUUGCCUCUUAUUUAUUUAUUUAUGCUCUUUUCAUUUGAUCUAUCUCUGACUUAUUUAUUUGCAGUUGUUUGUUUCUCUUUUAUUCGAGUGAGCUUUCAAAAUAUUGAACUCGACAU